AUGUGCAAUGGGCAGUUUGGUCACAUGUUCUAUGAGAUGAUGUGGGAUAUGGUGUUUGAAGGUGCUGCGGAGGUGAGGCUGGCGGAUGGCAGAGGGCGCUGUGCUGGGAGAGUGGAGGUGAAACACCAAGGCCAGUGGGGAACCGUGUGUGAUGACUACUGGGGCAUGAACGAUGCAGCAGUGGUUUGUAAGCAGCUGGGCUGUGGGACUGCUGUUCAAGUCCACCAGGCUGGCUAUUUUGAAUCUGGAUCUGGCGCCAUCUGGAUUGAUGACAUUGCCUGUAAUGGCACCGAAUCUGCCCUGUCUGACUGCACACAUGCAGGAUGGGGUGAACACGAUUGUAAUGAUAAUGAAGUUGCUGGAGUGACGUGUUCAGGAUUUGUCCAGCUGGUGGAAGGAAAGAACCGCUGCUCAGGACAUGUGGAGAUCCGUGAUGGGGACCAGUGGAAAACUGUUUGUGACUCCCACUUUGGUCCCAAAGCUGCUGAGGUGGUCUGCAGGGAGCUGCAGUGUGGCAUGGCCCUGCCUGUGGCUGGAGGAGGUCACUUUGCAGAAGGAGUUGGUCCCAUGUGGGAUGGAGAGCUACAGUGUGUGGGGAAUGAGUCCCUCCUGUCCGCCUGCCCCAAGGGGUUCUCCAGGGACCAGGCCUGCACCCAGAAUAACAGCGCUGUUGUCAGCUGCACACAGUACACAGGGUUCAGGCUAGUGAAUGGAAGCACAGCAUGUGCGGGGAGGGUGGAGGUCCAGGUGCUAGGGACCUGGGGGACCCUCUGUGGCUCCCGCUGGGAUCUCUUGGAUGCCCACGUUCUCUGUCGUCAACUCAACUGCGGUUUUGCGGAGUCCAUUCCUGGAGGACAGCAUUUUGGGAGAGACAUUGGCCCUGUCUGGAGAGACUCAUUCCACUGUGACGGGACUGAAGCCCACCUGGGACAGUGCCCAGUGAUCACCCUGGGGGCCUCUCCAUGCUCCCAUGGGAACAACGCUGCUGUCAUUUGUUCAGGCCAAGCCAACUCUGCAUCCCUGCGGCUGGUGGGUGGCGGGAGCCGGUGCGACGGACGAGUGGAGAUCUUCCAGCGCGGGACGUGGGGCAGAGUCCUGGACGACCAGUGGGACAUGCAGGAGGCCAGCGUGGUGUGCCGGCAGCUGCAAUGUGGAGAGGCAGAAAAAGCCUACAACCCCCCCAAGCCUGAGCGAGGGAUGGGCCCUGUGGGGCUGCGAGGGGUCCGGUGUGCAGGGCACGAGGCCAACCUGACCCUCUGCAACACCUCCUUGCCCAGGAGUGCCCUGUUGGGAGGGGUUGUGGAGGACGUGGGAGUGAUUUGCUGGGGGAGCCGGCGGGUCCGGCUGGUGAACGGGCCCGGGCGCUGCGCAGGGAGAGUGGAGAUCUACUACCAGGGCAGCUGGGGGACCAUCUGUGACGAUGGCUGGGACCUGGCCGAUGCCGCCGUAGUUUGCCACCAGCUGGGCUGCGGAGGGGCAGUAGAGGCAGCUGGCUUCGCUUUGUUCGGGGAAGGCUUUGGGCAGAUCUGGCUGGACAGCGUGAACUGUUCUGGGGCCGAAGCUGCUCUCUGGGACUGCGCUGCCAGGCCCUGGGGGCAGCACGACUGUGGGCACAAAGAAGAUGUGGGUGUCAUCUGCUCAGAGUUCGUGGCCCUGAGGCUGGAGAACAGUGACGGCUGCUCCGGGCGCCUCCAAGUUUUCUACAAUGGGACGUGGGGGAGUGUUUGUUUCAACUCAACGACUCCUGACACGGCGUCGCUGGUGUGCAAGGAGCUGGGCUGCGGGGACAGAGGAUUCCUGGAAACAGCCCUGCCCUAUGGCAGAGUGUCUGGUCCUGCCUGGCUGGAUUACGUGCAGUGUGGGGAGACAAGCUUCUCCUUCUGGCAGUGUCCCUCCACUCCCUGGGAGCCACAGUCCUGCAAUGACCUGCAAGAAGAGAUGCACAUCACCUGCAAUGAGCCUUUGGCCCCGUGCCCCAACUCCACCAGCUGCACAGACAGGGAGAAGAUCCGUGCUGUGGGAGGCGAGGACGGGUGCUCGGGCAGAGUGGAGCUCUGGCAUCGCGGCUCCUGGGGAACAGUGUGCGAUGACUCCUGGGACAUGCAGGAUGCCCAAGUGGUGUGCAGGCAGCUGGGCUGUGGCCCUGCAGUGUCUGCCCUGCAUGAGGCUGCUUUUGGGGUAGGGCAAGGCCCCAUCUGGCUGGAGCGGGUAGAGUGCCGAGGGACGGAGUCAUCUCUGCAGGACUGCUGGGCCCAGCCUGGGGACGGACGUGCUUGCCGGCAUAAGGAAGAUGCUGCUGUGCGCUGCUCGGCUAUACCCAGGACAGCAGCAUCCCCACCCCAAACAGAUCCCACCCAAGGCCAUCCGACUGGGAGCGAAAGAGUGUCAGUGCCUAUCAUCAUCUGCAUCAUCCUGGGGGCCCUUCUCUGCCUGGUCCUGGCCCUCCUGGCCGGGCAAGUGCUCAGUGCCAGGGAUGGGUGCAGAGGCUCUAGGAGAGCUCAGGAACUCUUCCCCGAGGCUGUGUAUGAGGAAAUUGGUUACAGCCCAGCGUGGGAGAAGCAGGCAAGGUUUGGUCGCUCAGAUGUUCUUGUUCUGCCCGGAGAUGACCCAGUGGAUGGCUAUGAUGACGCCAGGGAGGUUUCUGACCCUGGAGAGGACAUUGCUCCUGGGCAGGGAGCCUGGGAAAUGCCCAGGGUGCCAGAGAAGGGAGCAGGACCCAGGGGUGUACCCAGAGGGGGCGACGUGCCCUCCCAGAGAAGGGCCAGGUUCUGUGGAGCUGAAGGAGACACCUCAUCCCUGUCCCUGGAGAGCAUGGGCUAUGAUGAUGCUGAAGAGGUCUCUCUGGCACAUCCUCAUAAGGACACAGAGGCUGUGACACUGGACCUGGGUGCACAGCAGUCCCUGAGCCCCACAACAGCAGAGCCCAUCCCCGCUAUGCAGCUGGGUGCGGCCAGGAGGAAGGAGAUGUCUGUGCAGCUGGGAGAGCCAUGAGCACUGGGGAACCACCUCCCUUUACCCAUGGGCGGCAGAAAUAGCCCAGAGUUUCCUCUGU